CUCACUAAGAAAUAAAUCACGAUGUGUGACGAAGAAGUGGUGAUAAUAGGGGCAGGGAUCAGUGGGCUAGCGACAGCCCUCGCUCUUCACAAGAAAGGGAUCAAAAGCGUAGUAAUGGAGAGAUCAGAAACUCUAAGGAAUGAUGGAUCAGCAAUCGGAAUCCGGCCAAAUGGGUGGCGAGCCCUGAAUCAGCUUGGCGUCGCGGAUAUCCUUCGUCGCACUUCUAUCCCUUUACAAAGAGAAAGGGUCGUAUCGCUUGAUGGAGGGAAACAACAAGACAUCUUAUUGUGACGUGGCAUCUGACAUGGCAGGUGAUGUGGCAUCCGACGUGGCAAGUGACAUGGCAUCUGACGUGGCAGAUGACGUGGCAUGAAUAUAUGUGUAAGUAAAGGUAAUCUUAUAUGUAGGUAAAAGUAAUAUUAUGUGUAGGUAAAUGUUAAAGAUGUGUUGGUAUUGAUCUUAAUAUGUGUUGAAACAAAUGUAAACUAAAAGGCAGUAAAAUCAUACAUAAUGUCAUAAACGUCACCAUUGAUUAAUACAUGAAACAAAGUGCCAAUUUGAUUAAUACAUGAAACAAAUGUAAACUACAAGGCAAUAAAAUCAUAAAUAAUCAAAAGGCUUGCCAAGUUAACAAGAGAAUCAAGAGUUGGAUCUUGACCAUUGUCAACCGGCAAGCACACCUGCACCAGCCACAGCUCUGAGAAUGUUAGCACCUCCACCCUUGAACAAUGAUUUGACACCUUCCUUUUUCACGAUUUGGUUGAACGCGUCAAAUAUGUUCUAGUACUUGACGGCUUCCCCAGAUGUCAUCAUCAUUCUUCUUCGCACUGUGUCAAUCGGGUACGAGGCUAGACCAGUUCCGUUUGUGAUCAACCAACCGAGCGCAAAGCUAGC